UCGUAAUGCAAAAAAUAAACAUGUAAGAAAAAUUAUUCCGGCCCGAAAAGAGAUGGUCAUUAAAUUAGUGAUGAAAUGUUAUCCGCUGGAAGAACCGCCGCGGGGAGGAAGAACCCGAGCGAAGAAAAGGAGCUGCGAGCAGAUAGAAAAUGAUGACGCAGAAAAAAAACUCCCGCCCAAAAAACAUCUGCACGGGAAACUCCUUGCUGCAUAAAUAUCCGUAAACUUGUAUAAAUAAGUAACACGCCGCUGCAUCAUCGAGGUAAUUGUGUCUUUUGCAUCGAGCUUGCUGAGCGUGGCGGCGGGGGGACGGGGGGUUGUUUUGGGCCAGGUGGUGAGCGAGCCACCUGUAGGGGCGGAGGCGUGGAAAGGAAGUUUUCAGUAAUAAAUCUGCGGCGUUCACUCUCCGCCGCCGAGUGUUACAGGGACGGCGGGGCAGCAAGUGUGUGGCGGGGCACGCUGCGGCGGGGCAGCGUGGGGCCUUAGCGACGCCUUGCGCCACGCCGUGGCGGCACCAGGGCUGCGGGCUCAGCGAGGGUCAGCGGAGGGCGUGGAGGCAGGGCCGAGCAGGCGAGGGGCGGCGGCAGGCCGGCCAUGGCCCGCGCGGCAGAGUGAGCAGCUCCCGGCGGGGGCUCGGCAGCGAGUGAAGAGCGCACGCGCCGGUGAAAUCCAUACCUGUGACGUCACGAGGGAGGCUGGAAAAAGAAUGUCCACUCGCCGCUGAAGAGUUCUUUUUUAUUCACUUUUAUUGAGAGUAACGAUGCCCUCGUGAGGUGCCCAUUGGGACGGGCACUGACGAAGGCGAGAGUUCCGAAGGGCACCGCCGCCAAAAGCCCUCGCGGUGGCUCCUGCAGGAGACAUAGGGCAAAAACAGGCAAUCUGGCAACCGCCGAGGUGACGUCACGCCCAAUGGCCGGUACAGGUGGUCUGAUAGAUAGACAAAUACAAUAAACAUUGGUGCGUUAGCUUCAUUUUCCUUGCAAACGUGGAAGUGAGUGGAGCGCAAGUGGUGGUUGCCGACACACGGUGCACAGUGGACGGCGAGUCGCUCCUGAGCCAGUGAACAGCGCGGGCCCUCCUGGUGCGUCCGAUGCGACAAAGAUUUACGCGCUUAUCUUAGUCACUUUUUUUGUCACUUAAACAUUCCGUCGUGAAUAGAGCAGCGAUCGGCAGCCACUCGUCAGCAGGACAGCAGCCCGCGGCCGCCGAGACACGCGUCGGGAAGCAGCGACAUAAACUUCGGCAGGAAAGUCGCCAACAAAAUGCCGGUGGUGUGAGGCGCGGCGAGUGUCUGCCAUGUUGUGCCCGCCAGUGCCAGACCGAGGAGCAAGUGUACGCCCAGCCGCCCCCGCCGCCGCCCGCCCCCAGCAUCCCGCCCUCCGUCGCCGCCUGCAGGGCCGCCACCAGCAGCAGGCAGUCCCUUCUAAAGCGCCGCAAGCCCUGCCUCCUUCAGCCCCGCCGCCCGCGCCGUGUCUUGGUCGGGAGAAAAACUAAUCUGACAGUAAGGGGAUCUGAGAGGCGCUGAGCCCCCGCACGUCUCAGUCGCUGGCUGAGCCCCGCGCCAGGGACAGCCCGACCCGCCUCAGGUAAAGGAGAUCGAGAGGAUUUCUUUCCCGGAAAAUUGCGGAUCAAAGUGGCAGCCGAGACAUGAAGUUAAUAGCCAGAGUGGUUGACGCGUACCUCCUGCCGCUUCCGGGAAUUGCCGUCGGGUAGAAAAUAGAGAGACGCCGCUGCCGCUGCCUGAGGGAGAGUAACAGUAACAUGUCGUGCUCCUGAGUGCCGUGAACCGCCGCCGCCGCCGCCGCCACACUCCCCGUGAAUCUCGCCCCCGUGACCGAGCCCUCCGCCGCCGCCGCCGCCGUGUGAGCGAGUCGUGGCAGCAGCAGCAGGAAAUACAAAGCACUCCGUCGUGUAUGAGCAGCCCGGCAGCCUAGUCCGCCCCGCCCGUCGCCGCCCGGCCAGCCCCACGCCCGCCGCGCCGCCGCCACCCUCCCGUCCCGCAGGUCGCUGCCGCCGAUCCUCCCCCAGCAGAGGCGCCGCCGAGGCCCCGCAGCAUGUACUCCCCCGACAAGAUGAUCUCCUCCAAGCCUCUAGGGGCGCCCAUCUCCAGCAACGGGCCGGCGGCGUUCACCGGCCGCUACAGCCCCACCUACCGCUCACCGGACCCGAUGCGGCGGUGUAUGAACAACGCGCCUGUCUCCUUCUCAUCGGUUCUCCUGCCGUACCAGAAGGGCGUCUACACCAACUCCUUCCACGACUCCCACGCGCGCCCCCUACACGAGGAGGACUACAAGCCCCUCCCCCUGGCGCCUCAGACACAACUCUUCGGCGCUGGGCUGGAUGACGGACUCCUGACCCGCGCUGAGGCCCUGGCCGCCGUCGACAUCUCCAAACACGGCCAUGGGCAGCCUCCGGGGGCCAUACCGCAGCUAAAGCACGACAUGAUGUACCACCCCGGCAUGGCCACCACCCCCCACACGCCUCCCAUCUCCCGGACCAACCAGGUGGGGUCCGGCGAGGAAGCGGGCGCGGGCGGUGGAGGCGGGGGGUGGUCACACAAGGCUGGACUAUGGAAGAUGGGUCACCACAGUAUGGACGGCCUGGAGAUGCUCGACCCCAUAUCAUCGUCGUCUAUGACCACCCUCACGCCUAUGAGCGACGGUUCCUCCAUGCACCAGCUCCACGGCGCCGUCUACACCCAUAGCCCCAUGAACUCUAUGAUGCCCCACCCCGGCCUCACGCACCCACACAUGCCCCUCAGCAUGCACGACACCGACACGGACCCACGCGAACUGGAGGCCUUCGCUGAGAGGUUCAAGCAACGACGCAUCAAGCUGGGGGUGACGCAGGCUGAUGUGGGCAAGGCGCUGGCCAACCUCAAGCUGCCGGGUGUCGGGGCGCUCUCCCAGUCCACCAUCUGCAGGUUCGAGUCGCUGACGCUCUCCCACAACAACAUGAUCGCCCUCAAGCCGGUUCUGCAGGCGUGGCUGGAGGAGGCCGAGGCGCAGGCAAAGAACAAGCGAAGGGACCCGGAGGCGCCGUCGGUCCUGCCCAUGGGCGAGGUAGAUGAUAAGCGCAAACGGACGUCCAUCGCGGCGCCGGAGAAGCGGUCACUGGAGGCGUACUUCGCCGUGCAGCCGCGGCCCUCAGGGGAGAAGAUCGCCGCCAUCGCCGAGAAGCUGGACCUCAAGAAGAACGUGGUGCGGGUGUGGUUCUGCAACCAGCGGCAAAAGCAGAAGAGGAUGAAGUUCGCGGCCACGCAGAAGCAGAUGACUGGCGGCAACGUGCACACCUCCAUGGGCUCCAUGAUGACGUCCCCUAUGCCGCCGCACACGCCGGUCCCGUAGUGGAUGGCCUCCCCUGGUGCCCGCCCGGCCCUGGACUUGCCAGCCCGCUCCGCCCACCACCAGCAGCAACACCACCACCAGCAGCAGCAGGCUAACCGCCCCUCGCCAAACUCCACCGCCAACGCCGCAUCCUGCCCGCCCACGCCCCGCCCACUAUGGACGGACCAGGGCGACGCAGGUGACCGCUGGAUGGCGCCGGGGCCGUCGUGGGCGUACAGCUACGCCUACGCUGCUGCCCACGCCCACCAGGCCACACGCCAGCUGACGCAGUGACGCCAGGGUGGCCAGUGGGCCGAUGCUUACGAAGAGCCUUGAGGCACAGACGGGUGGCAACGUCUGUGUCGGUGGUGGGUGAGGGACGGAGCGACGGGCAAGUCCAGGCCAUGCGACUCUUGGGCGUGGCGGAGGAGCCGCGCCCAGGGAGUCGCCACGGCAUCAGGGGAGAUGACCAGUGUGACACUUGAGCAACGGAGGAGAAGGUGAAGGUGCCCGCACGGGCGCCACGGACUGGCACGGCCAGCGCUCAGGGUUGACAGAAACGUCUCACACUGGUCAGGAGGAAAAACAAACCAAGAUGUGAUUAUUAACCUUUUGAAGGCAUGACUGUGAAGUCCAUGAAUGUCAGGACAAAUUGUACAAAAUUAGAGUAAGUCUCCACGUUUACAGCAUAACACGAGUACGGCAACAUGCCUCAUCCAGUGAUAGACAACCUGGUGAAACACGGCGUCGCUGGUCCGGCCGCGGGGCGCCAGCCCGCCGGGCCAUCACGACAUGGACCUUCUGUCGCACGGCAACUAGGCUUACUUUCCAAUGUUUCCACGGUACGACUGACUAGUAGGUCUUAUAUGUACCUUGUAAGGAGUCUAAGAAAACUUUUUCUUUUAACCAAAGAACUGUACAUAUAAUAUAUUAACGGUACCAACUUUGCUGUCACGGGACGGCGAAGGACCCUGCACUUCCACGUGCAUCAGAGCUCAAGGAUUUUGUGAACUAGUCGUAGGUAGUCGUAGCUCUCCUUUAUUGUUUAUUUUCCGUCACGUGUUGCCCGCCGUCGGCCGCCGCCGCAGGACCCACGCCGGACCUCUUGUCGUCGUCACCGCCGCCGCCGCCACUCCUGUGCAAGCAACAUUUUGGAAUGGAUAAGAUUUUAGAAUGAUUUUGGUCUUCGGCCGGAGGUAAGCACAGCCGAUCUCAGCCAAUCUUGCUGCAUGAUGAUGCCGCCGCCGCUGGAUUACGACUCCCGUUCGAUUGGGCGUCGCCGAUCACUCCCUGCAGCACAGCGUCGGUGCGGCGCCCGGCGAGCGUCCGGCAGUGGCGGGACGCGGCCUUUGUGCGCCGAGACACACAGGAGACUUUUCCAAGAUUCCAGUCGAUGUAACUCCCGGCGGCGAGAAUGGCUGAGUGUGGCGAGGCAAUGAAGCCGAGGUGGAGGCAUUCGGACAAGCAUGGUCAAUAACGUCCAAGAUCGGGCGGUGGUCGGGGAGGGAGGCACCUAACCCGCCUGACCCGCCGCGGCCACACAACACCCACUUGGCCUCGUAAAGCAGCGGGGGGCGCGGCGGGCGGCGGGCCGCGGGCACGACGCCCCCCCGGGGACACUCCCACCGCACAGCCACGGCCUUGACCGUUCCCAGGCUAGUCAGCGUGACUCGGCCGAGCCGUUUACGAAGUCAUGAAGUAUCAGAUACAAAUGUCACACUAGUCAGUGCUUGGGAGCGGCGACUCGCGGCCAGGGAGGCGGCCGCCGCGGGGCAUCACCACCGCCACCACCACCAUCACCGCCGCCACCGCCCCUGCCACUGCCCCCGCCGCCGCCACCGCCACCACCACCACCACCUCUAGUCAGGCGGCGUGCGGGGCGGCGAGGGGCGCCACGUCCUGCCGGCGCGACCGUUCAGGCGCCAGGUGUAGAGGCCAGGUGUUGAACCGUGCACAAAUAAUUACUAUGAGCUUUAACUUAGUCAUUUUUAUAAGUGUCUGGCCAAGCUUGCAGCGUAGAGGGAGCCGCGCGAGGGCCGCGAGGAGCCGCGGGGAGCCGAGGGGAGCCGCGAGGCCUCGUGACGCGGGCUGGCGCGGGCUCCUCCCUGAGCACCGCCUGCCAGCAGUCACAAUAAAUACUCUGCCUUUCUCGGAUAAGAAAUUAUUUUAUAUGUAUAUUAUUUGUCUUAUUUAUUGACUAUGUAUAAACCCACUGUGAAUAAUAUUAACGGACCUGUUGAGAAUGCCAGUAGUGGAGUGUUGCAACAAGCUUACUGGAGCUGCAUUUUAUACCAGAUUCCUUCAGGGAUCACGAUACUCUUUACGACACACGCAGACCGCCGCCGCCCUCCCCAGCCUCGGCGCUGCCGCCGACCCAUAAAAGUAGAUCAGUGAGAGAUUCACAAACCCGCGCCGGCGUUGCUGCCGCGCCGAGCUGCCCCAACCCUCGUGUUCCCAGGCUCUAGUGACUGACACAAGACUGUGGCGGCGUAGGGGCCGCCUCUCGACUCGUCCAUGGCAGGCCGGCAGCCCCGCCCCCCGCACAGUGCCCGGGGGCGUCGCGCCGCCGGCCGCCCAGCGCUGCGGAGGGCGGCGUCCCGCAGGUCUGGCCGCGACACCUUCCCUCCCAUCACUCGACGGAGGGACACAGCAACAUGGUAACUCACGCCCCGACACUCCUUCUUUACGCUUGGUUCAUGUCAUCAUUACUUUACCGAGUCAUUUGUAAGGCACCGAGGCCGCCGAGGCCAGGGCCGCCAGCCACCCCGGAGACAGCCCCCCUGACCCCCCCACACCCCCCUCACCCUCCGCGGGACUUCCUCCGCCUCUCCCAUGCUCUGUUGCUCUGUGCCUCUUUUGGUUACCCGUUGUGCUGCAUAAUGGCAACACUGUCUUCCCUUUAGUAUCUUCACCAGAGGAGAUUUAGCGAUGCUUCCUCCAACUACUUUAGGAACCUUCCUCUGUAGACCUCACAAACCUUUUCUAUAUUUUCUUUCAUAAAUAUUCUGAAUGCUCGUGAACUUUUUUGACCAUGAAGUGUCGAUCCAGCGAGCCUCGUUUCUUGCUCUCAUUCUCUCUCUCUCCGUCACCUCAGUUUGGCGUUUCCUCUUUUCUCCUUUUCUUCUUCUUGUUCCUCCUCACGCAGACCCUCCGUCGGGGCUGCUACCAGACGUCGCCUCCUCAUAAGGGGGAAGAUUUUUACACCCUGUGCCUUACUCCACCGAAUAAAUAAAAUGUUAACGAAUAUAAAAGAACAAAAAAGCCGAAGAUUGCUUUUUGUAUUACGUAUUUUCACUUUCUUUAGAUUUUCUUUAUUUUCUCUUCAAAAUAAUCUCGUCUUUCACUUCUUUGCAUCUUCCUCCUCCUCCUCCUCCUCCUCCUCCUCCUCCUCCUCCCACCUCUCCCCCUCCCAAGCCGGGGUGGCGCGGCGACCCUCCCGUCGACGCCGUUCAUGUAUAAAGCCAGCGCGCCAGUCAGCCGUUCCCUCCCUCGGUUCGAGUCCCACACACCAGCGGCCUCUGUGUUGUGUGCGUGGCGGGGCUGAUACGUACGCGCGCACACGCACACGCACACACACACACACACACACACACACACACACACACAUACAAAUAGAUAAACAUCCACACAUAUGCAUAUACACACACACACAUACACAUAUAUACAAAUACAUAUAUUUACACAUACAUACAAAUAUAUAAACACUUACACACACACACACACAUACACACACACACACACACACACACACACACAGCCCUGGAAGCCACGUCUCCACCACUCCUUUAUGUGUAUAGAAGUAGAGAACCUGUUUCAUUCUGCCCUUCCCAACCCUCCCCUUCCUUAUCCUUCCCUUACCUUCCCUGCCCUACCCUU